CUCCCCUGCCGUCGCCCCCGCUGCCGCAGCCUCUGAACCGGCGGCCUCCUUCCGGAUCGGGUCGGGCGCUGAGCGUGAGCCGCCCGGCUCCUCGGGAACAUGAUCCACAGUCUGUUCCUAAUAAACUGUUCCGGGGACAUCUUCCUGGAGAAGCAUUGGAAAAGUGUUGUGAGUCAGUCUGUCUGUGACUAUUUCUUUGAAGCCCAGGAGAAAGCUGCUGAUGUUGAGAAUGUGCCACCCGUCAUCUCAACGCCUCACCACUACCUCAUCAGCAUCUAUAGAGACAAACUCUUCUUUGUGUCUGUCAUCCAGACAGAAGUGCCACCACUCUUUGUCAUUGAGUUUCUGCAUCGAGUCGCAGAUACCUUUCAGGACUACUUUGGAGAAUGUUCAGAGGCUGCAAUUAAGGAUAACGUGGUCAUAGUAUAUGAGCUUUUAGAAGAAAUGUUAGACAAUGGAUUUCCUUUGGCAACUGAAUCUAAUAUCUUGAAAGAACUGAUUAAACCACCCACAAUUCUGCGCUCUGUUGUUAAUUCCAUUACAGGCAGCAGUAAUGUUGGGGACACACUCCCCACAGGACAACUUUCCAACAUCCCAUGGCGUCGUGCAGGUGUGAAAUACACAAAUAAUGAAGCUUAUUUUGAUGUGAUUGAAGAAAUAGAUGCAAUUAUAGACAAAUCUGGUUCCACAGUCUUUGCAGAAAUUCAAGGGGUCAUUGAUGCUUGCAUUAAACUUUCUGGAAUGCCUGAUCUCUCCCUUUCUUUCAUGAACCCAAGGCUUCUAGAUGAUGUCAGCUUCCACCCCUGCAUUCGUUUUAAACGCUGGGAAUCAGAAAGAGUCUUGUCAUUUAUUCCUCCAGAUGGAAACUUCCGACUCAUUUCCUACCGUGUUAGCUCACAAAAUUUAGUGGCAAUUCCCGUGUAUGUGAAACACAACAUCAGCUUCAAGGAGAACAGCUCUUGCGGUAGAUUCGAUAUUACAAUUGGACCAAAGCAGAACAUGGGGAAGACCGUUGAAGGCAUCACAGUGACUGUUCACAUGCCCAAAGUGGUAUUGAAUAUGAAUUUAACUCCUACACAAGGCAGCUACACAUUUGAUCCCGUCACCAAGGUGUUGACAUGGGAUAUUGGGAAAAUUACCCCCCAGAAGCUCCCAAGUCUUAAAGGAUUGGUGAAUUUACAGUCUGGAGCCCCAAAACCAGAAGAAAACCCCAGCCUCAACAUUCAGUUUAAGAUUCAGCAGCUUGCUAUUUCAGGCUUGAAAGUAAAUCGCCUUGACAUGUAUGGAGAGAAAUAUAAGCCAUUUAAAGGAGUCAAAUAUAUCACGAAAGCUGGAAAAUUUCAAGUGAGGACAUGAGAAGAGGCCAUAAAUCCCACAAGAUCAGUGUCUGUUUUCCAAGUGUCAUUACAAUCUGCUGCUUAAUGACUUAGGUUGCUGUUAGGUACCAGGUGGGUGGGAAAUAUUCAUUAUUUACAGCAUUUGUUUAGAGCACCUUCUCUAAAAAGGUAGCUUAGUGGUUGGAAUAGAUUUCUUAAGUGGCUUUAAGCUAAGGAACUCUUUUCUAAUGACUUAACUGAUUUUUAAACUUGUCAUUAAGGAAUGUUUCGGAACCAACAAGCAAGCAACGCUUGUUUCCAUGCACAGAAUAAUUUGGAGGCUACACUCAGCAGAGCAAAGGCAGACAGUGGUCAUCCUCGGACCUCCCUGUCUUCUGGCCCUGACCUUGGCCGACAGGAGGCAGGAGAACUCCAGGGCAGUAUAGCCAGACUCUGUUGUCACGUGAUAGCUGUAGCCAAAUGUUGUCCUCACUGAUCUUGAUCGUCCCCAAACAGUUUACAGCAGACUGCCUCUUCAAGUGUUUGCCUUACUCAGCUUUUCACUUGUGCCAUUAAGCAAGCAUGGUAGCAAAGCCCCUUUCCAUACAACCCUGGUGGGGAGCACAACUGCUUCAUUUUCACAAUACUGGGUUUUAUAUUUUUAUAAAGGAAAUUUUUAUGUAAAGCUCAAAGUUUAAUUUCCAGGAACCUUGCUGCAGUAAAUGCCACCUGAAUUAUGGGCCACAGAUUCAGCACUUAGCACAGUAGAAAUCAUUUAUAUCAAAGGGGACAGAUGCUUUAGUGAGAACACAAGGAAAUGUGACUUAAAAGCAAGCACAAAAUUUUGAGCUUCUGAACUAAUGACUAAAAACUAAAUGGCAACAGAGAACUCACACUGUCAGAUUUUUCAUUGGUGAUAUUUUUCAUCAUGUCUUAUCCGAACCGCCCUUUGGUCAGAGUUAACCUUGAAUGCCUCACGUCCACAGAAAGCCAUGUCCACCACAUCAAGUUCUUUCUUAAAAAUUCGGAAUUUAUCAUGGAAGAAGUUAUACUUUAUCAUAUUUAUUUAGCAUGUUUUGCUGAGAUUAAAACCUUCUUUGUGUAAUAACACAUACGGGUUGAUGUGGUUGACAUCUCAGACUGCUAAAGGUGAUACAGUUUUGUCCAACAGAUAGAGUUUGAAAGACCCGACUGUAGUGGUUUUGUUCUAUUAAAUAUGAAGGAAGAGAGUUACAGGGGUUAUGGUCUCCCUGCUUGUUUUUCACAUGUUGCCAGUCAAACUCACCUUGGAUUCUUUCUCCUCUCAGUCCCAUCAGGUACAGUCUUUUUAAUAGUACUUUUGUCAUUCAACAACUAGGGAUAGGAGUUGACUUAGAACUUUCCCCACCAUUCAGUAACACAUACCUAUUUCCCCUUGUUUUCAGGACUCUUUGGGGACAUGUCCAUUCAUAUUACCAACCUGACUUGUAUCCCCAAAAUAGCUAGCUAGAAAAAGAAAUGGCCCACGAAUGCUAGUUCAAACUUAACACAUCUUUAUAUUUCAUUUAAAUUUCUAGGGUGAUCACAGUACUGCCAAACCAUAAUUAUCUGCUUGCCAUGUCUAAGAUUACCUCAAUUCAAUGGCCUCUUCAAGCUUUUCUGUCCUGUGAUCCUUCAGCCCUCUUUCCAUCCCUUGUCAGAGUCCCAAAACUAGACUCUCUUCUUCCAUUUUUCUUUCUCUUACGUCUCUUGCAUAGAAUCCCGUGGUAUGCAAGCCGUUUCCUUGCUUCUAGAAGAUCCUUCUGCCAGGCUUUUUCCCUGGUAAACUUUUUUUCUUUUAUUCAAUAAUUGUAUUAUUUCGUAGAAUUAGAGAAACUCUUGGGUGGAUCUGAUUCCUACAUAUCUUGCCAGCACUGGUGGUGCUGUUAAUAAAGAGAUGAAAGCAACGA